GGGGUGGAGUCCGAAACACCAAAUAAAUCCCCACCUGCCACCGCGGCCGGCCACCGCGAUUCACCGGCGCCGUCCGCCGGAGAUCGGACGGCCGCCCCUUGCCCCGACGCCGUCCCUCGCAAGCCAGCUCUACCGCCUCGUCGUCAUCGUCGUCUUCCUCUUCUUCCGUCCCUAGCUAGCUUCCCCGGGAGGAGGCGGCCGAGUCGCCAUGGAGGCCUACAAGGUCUGGGUGCGGAAGAACCGGGAGCUCGUCCGCUCCCUCGAGUCCCUCGCCAACGGGGUGACAUGGAUACUUCCGGAACGCUUCGCUAACUCCGAGAUCGCCCCGGAAGCAGUAUAUGCACUUCUGGGCAUUGUGAGUUCUGUCAACCAGCAUAUAAUUGAGACACCAACUGAUGGUCACUCACUGGCCUCCAAGGAACAAUCUAUCCCAUGGGCUCUUGUUGUAUCUAUACUCAAGGAUGUGGAAGCAGUUGUUGAAGUUGCCGCCCAGCACUUUGUUGGUGAUGAUCGCAAAUGGGGCUUCCUUGCUGUUACAGAAGCAGUGAAAGCAUGUGUCAGGUUAGCCGCUUUCAGGGAGAGUGGCUACAGGAUGCUCUUACAAGGAGGGGAGGUGGAAAACGAAGAGGAGGAUGUUCUUGAAGACAAUCAGGGAGUCAAGACUAAUGGAGUGCCAGUAAUCUAUCCGGUGAAUGGACAUUCCCAGAAUGGCCAUUGGAUUACGUCUGAUGGUCCAGAUGGAAAACCUGGAUUUGUAUCUAAGAGUCUGGAGGGAAGAGCAGUAGCCGCUUUAAACAGGUUUGGUCAGAAUGCAAAGAUGUUGUCAGAUCCCACUUGGAUGAGCAGGCUCCAACCUUCUCCUGUUCCUCCUGUGAUGGAGAUUGAGAAGCCAACUUUCGCAACCAUUUGGUCUUCUAAAGGGGUUUCUGGGCGCUUAUUUAUGUUAGGGGAGGCCGUCCACAUAUUCAGACCACUUGUAUACGUGCUUCUGAUAAGAAAGUUUGGAAUCAAAUCUUGGACCCCGUGGUUGGUUUCACUAGCUGUGGAGCUCACAAGCCUUGGCAUUCAUUCGCAUGCAACAGAUCUGAAUCAUAGAGCUGGGAAAGUUCAUCAGCUCUCAUCUGCUGAGAGGGAUGAGUUGAAAAGGCGAAAAAUGAUGUGGGCACUUUAUGUCAUGAGGGAUCCGUUCUUUGCCAGCUACACCAGGCGUCAUCUUGAGAAGGCUGAGAAAGCGCUGAAUCCAGUGCCGCUUAUCGGUUUCAUCACAGGUAAACUCGUGGAACUAUUGGAGGGGGCUCAGUCGCGCUAUACAUAUACAUCAGGCUCGUAGAGGAUGAUUGGGAUAGAUUUACCUGCUUCUGCUGGAGAGCUUCCUUGCUGAUCUGCCAUACUGGACUUUUGCUGGUUCCUGGAUUUUGUUUUCAGUAGAUCAGGAUUUGAGUGAAACCAUGUCUGUCCUUUGCCAUUUCCUAGCCAGUUUUGGCAUCACUGUCUUGAGGCCUUGGCUGAGAAGUUGCAGCCACAUAACCUCACUCCUGAUCGCAGCUGGGAAUGUAAUUAUACAGUAUGUUGGUCUAAUGUCACGAAUAGGCACGCAAGCAAUACCAGUUGUAUUUACCAGAAAAAUGAAGGUCACAAUAAGUUCGUUCUUAAAUCUGUGAAGCUUGUGACACGAUCUGGCAUUUCUCUCCCUAUGCUAUGCUAUUAAAUUGUCAAUGUUGGGCCAUUGAUCAUUACGGGA